AUGUCUGAUAGCGCUGCAAGGGCGCCGGCCUCAGACGAUGACGCUCAGGCGGAACAUCAGAUUCAGGCGUCGUUGCAGCGUGCUACUGAGGAAGUCAUUGGCUUGCUCCAUCCUGCAAAGCAUGGAAAUGCUGGGAAUGGCGCUGAGCGUGGUACAGAUACUGUUACUUUGGAUGCUUUGCCUUCGGAAGUACAAGCAUCUGUGGCGGCUCCUGCUUUCUUCUCUCUCAAGCACAGUGAGCAGAAUGGACGUUUCCGACAUGCUGACCUCUCUCAGUCGGCUACAAGGAUCCAGAACGGUGUUCAUUUCAAUGUUACUCUGGAAGAAGAUGGCAGCAGGUUGCGGGAACUAAACGGGGAGGUAACUCACAUUUCGUCGUCUAUUUCUACAAUCAACGGUGGUGGCACAAAUUUACAGGCAUCAAGCGGACUAGAGAAUGAUCGCUUCGGCACAAAUCAGUUGAGCAGUAGUUGUGAUGAAAAUCCUAGCGCGAAGGAUUGCAGCAACUCACUUCACAGGCAGUCUCACACAGUUGAUGAGACAACAGCUGAUUUACAAGGGGCAUCCCCAAACUCACCUAAUCGGACGACAUCCUCUACAGUCCCAAACCCAUGGUCGGUGUUUGCCCACUCUGAUCUUGACAGCUUUACGAAACGUACAUUGUCAUCUGUGUUCAGCUUUGGAAGCCGACCGUCGAACAAGGCGAGAACUGGAGCAGAGGAGGUCGAGAAACAUGAUGACCUCAAAUGCUGUCCGAUUUUGGAGAUGGAAAGCACGACACAAGACCAGAGAUGUGACAGAUCCGAGCUGCAAACCGGCGAUGAAGAUCAGAUUGAAGUUGAUGAGACCUCACAUAAUGUAAGUCGAGAGGUCCAGGAUGCUAGCGCAGACAGCUUCGUAACAGCCAGAGAAGCGCCAACCCCCGACAGAGAAGAAAGAGUUGAUGCUGCCAGAGAUCAAUCAAAUUCCUUCUUUGGCGGGCUUCACCCAAGCCGCAUGAUACUGGUCUCAAAUCGGGAAGCACCUCCACAGACUGGACUGCCUCCCGAAUCCUGCAGCGACAUGGCCGUGAUUACCUGGAAGGCAACUGGAGCCAAUACUAUGCCGUUGAGCACCCAGCAAGAACCCAGCCAAAUCCAGAAGCCAAAGAAAAAGACGACGCAGAUCACCUCGAACAUUGCCAGAACCAGCCAGAGCGAGGGCUCAUCUACAAGGGAUUGUCCGAAAGUUGAGAUACGUUUCUUGGUAGAAGGCAUUGAGAGCGUCAAGAAGAGAUACGCGUACCUAAACUCUACCACCAUCGACAGUAAGGAAUGGUCUUUUGCAUGGCAAGAGAUAACAGCAAUUUUCCGAACACCUUUCAGCUACCACUAUGAUUCCUGGCAGGAAGGGGUUUCGGUACAAUUAAAGACAGACUUCAAGAUGUUCAGAUUCUGGGGCACCUUCACCAAAGCCAGGGCCAAGGAAUUCAUCACCAAGAAAGCCGUUCUUUACGUUAUAGAUAGCCCGUUCUUCUUCAAGCAAGCUGUGCCUGCUCUCCAGACGUUUUGCCGAACCAACGGCCUUGCUGCCCCUGUUUAUACGCACAACCGCCACCCAGAUGGUACGUUUGGAUGCAGUGUUCGCGUUGGUGGCCAAUUCGCUGUUUUUGGUGAUGACGCAGAAGGCUGGACGCAUAAAGAACAUGCCAAAGAGGAUACCGCCAAGAUGGCAAUCAAUGCGUUGUAUCGCGAAGGCGUGCCAAUGGACAUUGGGGCUAUCCCUGACGCAAGGCCAGCUGGUGCUGACCCUCAUGCUGAGCCACAAGUUCCAAACAAGCGCAAAGCGCCCCUGGGUUCGCUUUGGGAAGAAGGUCAGCGAACCUCUUGUCGCAUCAAGGGUCGAGCAGCACAGCAUACCGGAGGCCCACGAUCCAGUAUUGAAGACAGAGAAGUCAACACGAUUGAGCCUGACACCAAGGAUGACAUUCAGCAUGUCACCACUGGAUCAGUGUUGAGACCAACAAAGUCCUCCGUACGAACAAGGUCAGGUCUUGCGAAAGUACUCAAAGAAGUUCUGGAGCCUCAAGAGAGGGUUAUGGUAAUAUGUGACCACUUGCGGAUCCAGAAACCCGAGUACUGGAUGGAGGGAUCUUUUGGCAGGAGAAGGUGGUUCAUUCGCUUUUUGUCAGAACAUCCUUCUCACAAAGUAGGUCAUACCUUAAUCGCGCCUACAGUCGUCGGCAGCCUUAAUGGCCUGCAAGACUGUGCAAGAAGAGUUGAAGAGAAGCUCUUUGAGAAACUAUAUAGUGGCGAGAUCUAUCUCGGGGAUGGCGGUGCAACGUUUCUAGACCCUGCAAUGGAUUCUGAGUGGAGGAAAGAAGACUCUGCAAACCUCCCUCCAAGUAAAAAGCGACGCCUAGAGAUGGACGAGAGUCGACCGCUGGAAGAAAUCAACCGAAGGCACUAUAACUCAGAUAACAUUGCUCUCCCGCCGUCUGCGAACUCAUUGCCCCUUGGAGUCCCGGCCCUUGAGAUGUGUGGCAUGGACGAAGAUAUAGGCUAUGAAUCUGAGGACGAGCUUCCCCGAGACGCCAUGAUACUGGCCAAACCGAGUAAUAGCGAGCAUUGGGGACCCCAGUCAAAUCUCAUUGCCGCUCCACAAUUUCAGGAGGUGAGACAGUCGGUGGCAGCUUCGGUCACCACAGCACAAGCAGCAAGUAGCAGCUUCUCAUCGAAGCAAUUCAUUCCAGCAAAUACCGCUAUUGCUCGACCUCAGGACGCUGCUAACAGAUGUAUUGCGCAGAAGGGACUAGGGCUCCACGGGCCUGCCAAUCUGCUCCCUUCAGGUGAACAUCGUUAUGUGUCACCACCACCGUUCCUCGACACGCCGACUCGGCUACCAAAGAUGGGACCCGCGAUCGUCAAGGUUGAGCCUCAGGAUGACGAGGAUGGUGAUAUUGUUUGGGGGUUGGAGAAGGCAGCAGCGUCGAAGAUGGUGAGAUCGCUUCCCUCAGGCGAUCACGCUGGGGAUGAUGGUGCGGUUGCCUGA